UCUUUCAGAUUUUUCAGUUGACCUAAAAAGUAUUAUUUUCUGUAUGUUUCGAUUUGAAUUGCGAUUCAUGAUAUUUUGGUUUUCUUUAACUUUCUUUUAAAAAAUCUGGAUUUAAAUUGUGGAAUUGAAGUUAUAAAUUCAGAGCUUAACCAAUAUGAGUAAUUGAGUAUACCCAAGUUUAAGUUUUGCAUCAUACAUGGAUUUUGUUAAAGUAUUCUGAAAUUAUUGGUUGUUUUGAUCAAGGGACACGUCUGGAGAGUGGAGAACCCAGGCUUUCGUUGGGUCGAGUUUUUUCAUAGGCGUUGAUAUUAAAUAUUGUUAUGUUCUGACGGGUUAUGGUUUCGGGGAUAGGGAAUGUGGUAUUGUUUCAGUUUCCUGAAUUGUGCAAGGUUGGUGGAUUAGAGGUAGGCAUUUAAGGAAUUAGCAAUGGUUCCGUUACCUGUUUAAAAAUGUAUAUUAAUAGAUAGUCUCGAACACAGCACUUACUUUGGGGUAAUACUGAUUCACUUGGACCGUCUCUGAUAUAAUAAAUAUGAACAUGAUAUCGUAUACCGUAACAGCAUCGCUUGAGUUAUUAAGAAUUAAGACUCGUUUUGGAUCAUUGGAGUAAAGAAUAAAAUUCUAUCCAUAUAUUGAACUUUGCAAACAGAAAUAUCUAUCAUAAAAUUUUGUAUGCUCUGGGAUUGAAGAAUUUGGACCUCCGAAUAAUGGGAGCUAAACCCGAUGCCUUACCUGCUUUGCAAAUGCUUGAGCUCUAUAAAAACUUGUGUUUAGUGGAUUUUUUUUUAUCUAUGCCGUAUCCAACUUCAGCCCUCAUCGCUACCCUUGUAAUGCUGUAAGGUACUGAGGUGAUAUUCAGUUGCUCUUCUGAUCAAGGGUCUGAAAUGAGCUACCUCUGCUCAAUUGUAGUGGUAAUUUGUACAUGCAGUUGACCUUCUAACCCUACACUAGAUGGAGAUCCGUUGACUUUGCGACAGUUUUGUUUAUUUUCAGUGUUAAUUUAUAUACUACCUUGCUGGCCAAUCUAAUUGUUUGUGGCAAGGAAUGUGGAUCUGGUGCCAUUGUAGUUAGGUUCCCCUUGACAGAUGUUUUAGUUGUUGAGUUUAAUAGUACCUAUGAAUCUAUGAUUGAUGAAUGUUGGUAAUUAAGGUUUGAAUUCUGUAACAUUCAUUGAAUGUUUUAGAGAACAUUUUUUCUCAAAAAGUUGCAAUCUGUGUUGCUAUAUUAUUAGACGUUAUGCAGUUUGAAUCAAGGCGAGGAAUGAGUUUAUUGAUGUUGAAUUAUUGAUGGUUAUGCUUUUCCUUUCGGAAAAGAACAUUUUAUUAUUUGGCCAGUCAGAAGAGUUUUCAUUGGCUAGUUAGUUGGUGUAUUUUUCUUGGUGAUACUUGUCUGUUUAGACUUUAGAGAAAUGGGAUGGGUAUAUGUGGGCUAUGAGGAUUCCGCUGGAGGGAAGGCCGUGUCAUGACAAUUGGUUCUUGGUUCAUCGUGGGCAUAACAGUGUGUUUGUGCAUCCAUUACAGGAAAGUUUUGCAAACAUCCUGAUCCUCAUGCCAAGAGCCUUGCAGGGUUAACUUCAGCAAGUUACACAAGAAAUGGAUGGUCGCUAUGGUCUUCAGCAUGGAUGGGAAAAUAACAGCGCAUUGGAGGCAUAUGGUGCUGUCCAUGAGUCAAAUUACCGUGCUUAUGAUGAUAGGAGAUUUUUAGAUGAAAGGUUCCCCAGGGAUAGUGCAUACUCAAGGGGCACAUUUCAUCGAGAUAUUGAGAGAGACAGUUAUGGGGAUCCUCCACCAGUUGGUCUAUGGCCUCAAGCAAGACGGAGAGGUUAUGAAGAAGAGUAUCCUCUUGAAAGGGAACCUAGAAGACAUGACAAGUCAUACUUUGAGCCAUAUCAUGAGAUGGAUGAUUUCCGUGAUAGUCACAGGGCUGGGAGAUUUGGCAUGCGUGAGCGUGAUGAUUAUGCUUUUGAUGAUUAUGAUUAUAAGCAUCGUAGAGACAGUAGUCGUGAAAGAGAUUAUGAUAAUGGCAGACAUAGUCAUGAUUCUGAUUAUGAUAGAAGCAGAAAGGAUGACAGUUGGAGGCGGCGUGGUUCACGUGACAGGAGAGCUUUGAGUCAUGAAAGGGAUUUGAGUCCUUAUAAAAGGCAUUCACGCUCCCGUUCACGGUCUCGUGGUCAUGAUGACCGUUCCAAAUCGAGGUCUCCCCGUGGUCGUAGCCGUGGCCGUAGUCAUCAUGAGGACAGUUAUGAGGAUCGGUAUGAUAGGAUGGAGAGACGAAGAGAUCGUGAUGAUAAACGACAUGAGCAAUAUUCUGUGACGCCUUCUGCUACUGUAGUCGUUAAGGGUCUCUCACAGAAGACCACUGAAGAAGAUCUAUAUCAAAUUCUUGCUGAGUGGGGGCCUCUACGCCAUGUUCGAGUCAUCAAGGAGCGGAAUUCUGGCAUUUCCCGUGGAUUUGCUUUUAUAGAUUUUCCAUCAGUGGAUGCAGCGCAGGCGAUGAUGGAUAAGGUUGGAUUGGAAGGCCUUGUGGUAGAUGGAAGGAAGCUUCUGUUUGAGUAUAGUAGCAAGCCAACUGGGGGUUCAGGCGGCGCACCUUAUGGACAAGAUGGUCUGAGGUCCUCAAACACUAACCAUAGAAGCACCGUCCCUUCUGAUUGGAUGUGUACUAUCUGUGGGUGUGUCAAUUUUGCUCGUCGAGUCUCAUGCUUUCAGUGUAAUGAGAGCCGGACUGAUGAUGCUCCACCAGCUGACAUGUCUUCAUCAACUCCAGGACAAUUGGGUAGAAAGGCAGCUGAGGCAGGGCCAACUCAUGUUUUGGUUGUACGUGGGUUGGACGAGAAUGCUGAUGAGGAAAUGCUUCGCUACGAGUUCUCUAAACAUGCUCCAAUCAAGGAUCUUCGUCUUGUUAGAGACAAGUUUACCCAUGUUUCAAGAGGAUUCGCAUUUGUUCACUUCCACUCAGUUGAGGAUUCCACUAAAGCCCUGGAAGCAACUAAUGGAACAAACCUGGAGAGAAAUGGUCAGAUUCUACGUGUGGCAUAUGCAAAAAGCAUACUUGGUCCUGGAUCAGGGUCCUCCAUGCAUUCACAAUCAAGCAGCCUCGCUGCUGCUGCAAUUGAGGCAGCAACAUUUUCUCAACAGUAUGAUGCUGUCGGUUGGGCACCUAAGGAAUAUAAUCCAGAUGACAGACAACCAACUGGCAGCCAGGAACCAGCCACAGAGGUUGCUAGUCGAAAAGAAGGUUCUGCUCCUCAAGCUGGUUUUGUGUGGGAUGAGGCAUCAGGCUACUAUUAUGAUGCUUCCUCUGGUUUCUAUUAUGAUUCAAAUACAGGUCUAUACUAUGAUGGUAAUGGUGGGGUAUGGUACUCAUAUGACCACCAAACUCAGCAGUAUGUUCCUUGCGUUGAUCAAAAUGCUAACAAGACAGUGGAAAAGGAAUCAGAAGCUCCUAAGGCAGAGAAUAGUACUACUAGAAAAGUAGUGAUUUCUGCACCUGCAGCUACGAUAAUAUCGAGUGAGAAACCUGCCUCAUUACCUGAUGCCGUUCAGGCAGCUGCCUCUGCUGCGUUAGCUGCUGAAAAGCGAGAGAAAGAGAAGUCCAAAGAAAUAAAACUUGCUUCCAAGAGCAGCAUUUUAGCCAACAAAAAGAAAAUGAACAAUGUGUUGUCGAUGUGGAAGCAGAGAAGUCAUGAAGGUCAAACACCUCGUGUGGCGCUAGAUGAUGGUCAGUCUAACAUAUCUGGUGACCGUCAAAACUCCAUUUCAAUGUCCUUGAAGUCAAAAACAGUGGGUUUAAAGGAGAAUGUGAUUGCUAGUUCUGGGUUCUUCUCAACUACAUCAGCCCCUCAGACCACAGUUUCGGAAUCUGAUGUUAAGCCUCGUCCUGUGAGCAACAGCACUGGAGGCACCUUAAUGGGAGUAAUUAGAGGUUCUGGAAAAGGGAUUAUCAAAUCCGAUACGGUUUAUCCAGGAACGACUAGUCUCUCCACGCCGUCAUCAUCCUCAUCUCGCUCAGUUGCUGUUCCUGCAACAAAUUCUGAUAUGCAUGGAGGGGCAACUUCAUUUAGAACCGAUAUAUCUGCUCUUGGCACCUGUACACCACCUGCAGCCUCAGCAAGUGGAAGGAGGAGAUUUUCUGAGACACCUUUGCAGUCUGCAUCUAUUCAGAGGGAGCUGCAUCAGACUACAUACCGAGACCGUGCCGCUGAGAGACGCAGAAUGUAUGGGUCAACAGCUUCUUAUGGUGACGAUGACCAGGAGUUGGGAGAUCCAAAUCAAGAUGUGGGGUUCAGAAAGGGUGCAUCAGAUUUGGGUUCUAUGCCGUUUCCACCUGGUGUUGGUGGCCGUGGGACAGCAGACAGAAAUGUGCAAAAUUAUGAUGUGAUUUCAUCUGACAAAGCAAUUGAUGAAAGUAAUGUCGGUAAUAGGAUGCUUCGCAACAUGGGUUGGACCGAGGGAUUGGGACUAGGGAAGGAUGGUAGUGGGAUGGUGGAGCCUGUUCAGGCACAGUCAUUUGACAGUAGGGCGGGUUUGGGAAGUCAGCAAAAGAAGGUAGAUGCGGGCUUAGAAGUGCACCCAGGAGAUAGCUACAAAACUUUAAUACAAAAGAAAGCACUUCAAAGAUUUCGAGACAUGUCUUGAAUCAACCAAGCAAACCGUGAGAGAGUGCAAUUUUGGAGCUUAGGACAUAUCAGAACAAAUACUAUUUGAACAUGGACCAUGAGUUGCUUUUGCCCGCUAACUAGGAUUGUUAUCAUUUGGCUUCUUGUACAGAACUACGGAAUUUUAUUAUUUCGGGAAUUUAUUUGCAAGAGUAAAAUGUUAUUUUUUUUUUUUUGCGUUUUUGUCACUUGGGGAAACUAAUAAGAUUAUACAUGGGAAAUUCCCCAUUUUUACUCAUUAAGAAUUCCAGAGGUUGUAGGCUUGGA